AUGGCGACGCUUGAAGACAAGGCCAUCUGGGACCAGGCCCAGCAGGACGACAAUGAGGACCUCGGCCAGGACAUCCUCCGAGCAAGCACAGACGAGAUUGCAAACCGCAUCCGUCUGCUGGAAAACGACAUCAAAGUGAUGAAGAGCGAGCAAUCCCGGCUCGGCCACGAGCACAUUGCCAUGAAGGAGCGGAUCAAGGACAAUAAGGACAAGAUCAAGCUCAACAAGCAGCUCCCCUAUCUGGUCUCUAAUGUGGUCGAGAUUCUGGACAUGGAUCCCAACGAGGAGCCCGAAGAGGACGGCGCCAACAUUGAUCUGGAUGCUCACCGCAAGGGCAAGUGUGCGGUCAUCAAGACCUCAACACGCCAGACCAUUUUCCUGCCCAUGGUCGGCCUUGUCGACACCAACACUUUGAAGCCCGGAGAUCUCGUCGGCGUCAACAAAGACAGUUAUCUGAUCCUGGAUACCCUGCCCGCCGAAUACGACUCGCGCGUCAAAGCCAUGGAGGUCGACGAGAAGCCCACAGAGGACUAUAACGAUGUCGGUGGUCUCGACAAGCAGAUUGAGGAGCUCGUUGAAGCAAUCGUCCUUCCGAUGACACACCAGGAGCGUUUCAAGAACCUGGGCAUCAAGCCCCCGAAGGGCUGUCUCAUGUAUGGUCCUCCCGGUACUGGCAAGACACUGCUGGCUCGUGCCUGUGCUGCCCAGACAAACUCGACGUUCUUGAAGCUAGCUGGGCCCCAGUUGGUCCAGAUGUUUAUCGGCGAUGGUGCCAAGCUAGUCCGAGACGCCUUCAACCUCGCUAAAGAAAAGGCACCGGCCAUCAUCUUCAUCGAUGAGCUCGAUGCCGUCGGUACAAAGCGUUUUGACAACGAGAAGUCUGGUGACCGCGAGGUCCAGCGAACGAUGCUUGAGCUGCUGAACCAGCUGGAUGGCUUCAGCAGCAACGACCAAAUCAAGGUCAUUGCGGCCACCAACCGUAUCGAUAUCCUCGACCCGGCGCUGCUUCGAUCUGGCCGACUGGAUCGCAAAAUCGAGUUCCCGCUGCCCACUGAGGAGGCGCGCGCUCACAUCAUGCAGAUUCACUCGCGAAAGAUGACAGUCUCGCCCGACGUCAACUUUGACGAGCUGGCCCGAAGCUGUGACGAGUUUAACGGCGCACAGUGCAAGGCUGUCUGCGUCGAGGCUGGCAUGAUCGCCCUUCGACGCGGGGCGGUGGAGAUCCGACACGAAGACUUUAUGGAAGGAAUACAAGAAGUUCAGGCCAAGAAGAAGACCUCUCUGCAGUACUAUGCAUAA